ACAACACUCACAAUAUCACAACACUCAAACUAUCACAACACUCGAUAUCACUUAAAAUUCGUUCAAGCACAAUAGUUCAAGCAUAUUUCACUGAAAGAAGAAAGAAACCUAAUCAAAAAGGUGUUGAUAAAGGUACAACAACCUUUGGGUUGUCGGGUUUUGGAUACGAUGUCGCAAGUCGGACCUCGAUGUCGUAACAUCAACGGCCAACUUUUAAUGAGAUGCUUGCUAAGAUAAAGUUUGCCAUCAGUAUAAGAACAAAUGAGAAAAUUGCUCACAUUUUUUAUAAGAAUCAAGUAUUUGGGCAAGGAGUAAUGUACUGGUCUUCGUUACUUAUCAGAGAUGAUGACAAUGUUGAAGUGAUCAUAAACAAUCUUCAUAGUUUUCAAGGUUAUAGACAUGCUGAACUAUAUGUAGAGGUUGAGAUAUUGACCAAUAAAUCACUUAAUUUAAUGCAUAGCCCUGAGACUCAAAUUGGCAUGGGAUUUGGUGAUAUGUUGGAUGAUGAUGUUGGGACUUCAAUGCAAUACACCCAAUUUCCUAUGGAGGACUACCAUCAUCAGCACAUGCAAAACUUCUCAACUAUAUUGAGUCUUAUACAAUGUAGAUUUCCUAUGAGUGUUUACAAUGGUGAUGAAGUGGGUCCCAACAAACCAAGUAAAAGGGCCUUAGCAGAUCAUGAGCCUACGUUCGAUGAUCUAGUUGUUAACAAUAACUAUAUGUCAUGUAAAGAUGAUGACGAGGACGAAGAUAAGGAUUGUGAUUUAUUUACUCUGAUGGUGAUGAUGAUGAUGUAAGCAUUGAAUUAAAUGUUGCGACUUCACAAGGUGGUAGUAUUAAACAUAUGCCAUAACAACAGUUUAUCUUUCCAUCAUCACAUUAUAGCCAAUUAGAUGUUGACUAUACUGAAUAACAAAUAGGAAGUCCUCAUAUGUACUUGACUUCAGAUGAAACUUUUGAGUUCAGAAAGGUUUGAUUUUUAAUUUGAAGGAAGAUGUUAAGCUGCAGUUAAAAAAUUCUCUAUUAAAAAUAAUGUUGCAUAUAAAGUUGAACA